AUGAGUGCUGCCUUCGCAAGGAGUGCUGCUUUCGCAAGGAGUGCUGCCUUCGCAGGGAGUGCUGCAUCUGCAACGAAUGCUGCCUUCGCAAGGUGUGCUGCCUUCGCAAGGAGUGCUGCCUUUGCAAGGAGCGCUGCCAUCACAAGGAGUGCUGCCUUCGCUAGGAGUGCUGCCUUCGCAAAGAGGGCUGCCUUCACAAAGAGGGAGUACUGCCUUUGCAACGAGUGCUGCCUUCCAAUGAGUGCUGCCUUUGCAAGGAUUGCUGCCUUCGCAAGGAGUGCUGCCUUCGCAAGGAGUGCUGCCUUCGCAUCGAGGGCUGCCUUUGUAGGGAGUGCUGUCUUCAUAAGGGGUUUUGCAUUCGCCAGGAGUGCUGCCUUUGCAAGGAGUGCUGCUUUCGCAAGGAGUGCUGCCUUCACUUGGAGUGUUUCCCUUCUAAGGAGUGCUGGCUUCGCAAGCAGUGCUGCCAUCGCUAGGAGUGCUGCUUUCGCAAGGAGGGCUGACUUCGCAGGGAGUGCUGCCUUUGCAGGAAGUGCUGCCUUCGCAAGGAGUGGUGCCUUCACAAGGAGUGCUGCUUUCGCAGGGAGAGCUGCAUCCGCAAGGAGUGCUGACUUCGCAAGGAGUGCUGCCUUCGCAAGGAGUGCUGCCUUCGCAGGGAGUGCUGCCUUCGCAAGGAGUGCUGCCUUCGCAAGGAGUGCUGCCUUUGCAAGGAGCGCUGCCAUCGCAAGGACUGUUGCCUUCGCUAGGAGUGCUGCCUUCGCAAGGAGGGCUGCGUUCGCAAAGAGGGCUGCCUUCGCAGGGAGUGCUGCCUUCGCAAGGGGUAAUGCCUUCGCAAGUAGUUCUGGAUUCGCAAGUAGUGCUGCCUUCGCAAAGAGUGCUGCCUUCGCAAGGAGUGCUGCCUUCGCAAGGAGUGCUGCCUUUGCAAUGAGGGCUGCCUUCGCUAUGAGUGCUGCCUUCGCAAGGAGUGCUGCCUUCGCAAGGAGUGCUGCCUUCGCAAGGAGUGCUGCCUUCGCAAGGAGUGCUGCCUUCGCAAGGAGUGCUGUCUUUGCAAGGAGUGCUGUCUUUGCAAGGAGUGCUGUCUUCGCAAGGAGUGCUGCCUUCGCAGGGAGUGCUGCCUUCGCAAGGAGUGCUGCCUUCGCAAGGAGUGCUGCCUUCCCAAGGAGUGCUGCCUUGGGACAGAGUGCUGCCUUCGCUAGGAGUGUUGCAUUCGUACACAGUGCAGCCUUCGCAAGGAGUGCUGCCUUCGCAAGGUGUGCUGCCUUUGCAAGGAGUACUGCCUUCGCAAGGAGUGCUGCCUUCGCAAGGAGUGCUGCCUUCGCUAGCAGUGUUGCCUACGCAAGGAGUGCUGCGUUCAGAAUGAGUGGUGCCUCCGCAAGGGGUGAUGCCUUCGCAAGGAGUGCUGCCUUUGCAAGGAGUACUGCCUUCGCAAGGAGGGCUGCCUUCGCAAGGAGUGCUGCCUUCGCUAGGAGUGUUGCCCUCGCAAAGAGGGCUGCCUUCGCAAGGAGGGCUGCCUUCGCAGGGAGUGCUGCCUUCGCUAGGAGUGAUGUCUUCGCAAGGAGGGCUGCCUUCGAGAAGAGGGCUGCCUUCGCAGGGAAUGCUGCCUUCGCAAGGGGUAAUGCCUUCGCAAGUAGUGCUGCCUUCUCAGGCAGUACUGCCUUUGCAACGAGUGCUGCCUUCCAAUGA